UGGUUUCCACCGCUCAGUCAACUGCUGCGCGCUCAGCCCGUUAACUCCGCUCGUAAAACGGGACUCACGCCGGAGGAGCGCCUCUUUUCAAGCGUGUAAAUGAUAUUUAUCGAGCUUUUUAUGGCCAUGGAGGAGAAAAAGUUUCACUCUUCAUAAGGAGAACGGAGUCAGGACGGAGGACGAUCCAUCCUCCCGCGGAAAACCUCUCCGGACAGUGGUUUCCAAUUGACAAGAAGGCAUGGCACUGGCUGGCCUCCUACAGAUCUCUCUCUUGCUGUGGAGAGCGGUGGCAACCACUGAGCCAAUUCCCAGGCAAUCGCUCAAGCCUGAACCAAGGCAACCGCAGGGACAGGCCCGAGCAAUGAACCAGGACCAUGACAAAUGUCCUGAGCUGUUCGAUUUAAGCAGUCGAGGAAACAGUACAGGGACGUUCUGUGCGCGUGUGUGGGACGGCUUGCUGUGCUGGGAGGAGACGUCUGCAGGAAGCUAUGUGACGCAGAAAUGUCCAGAGCAGUCCGACACCAACCACACGAUAACGGUGACCAAAUAUUGUGACUACUCUGGGACUUGGGUGCCGACUGCGAGGAACUGUCAGCGGCCGACGAAGAUAUUGGAGGUGGAAAUCUCGCAACUUCUAAGACACACUGCGGACGAGCAGCCCGCCGUGUUGGACGGGGGAAGGGGCGGAAGUCUUGAGUCAAUGCUUCUUGUGAAGAAACAGAAAUGCGAUGAGGAAAUGAAACCUUACACGAAACCAGGUCUUUUCUGUGGUCGUACGUGGGAUGGUUACCUUUGCUGGGAUGACACCCCUGCAGGCACUCUGGCCACCCAAAACUGUCCUGACUAUUUCCCCAACUUUGAUGUCACAGCGAAGGCUUCCAAGUACUGUGGAGAGGACGGGAAGUGGUUUCACCAUCCAGACAGUGGGAGGAGUUGGACGGACUACACGCACUGUGACGCUUCCCAUGAGAAGAUGUCAAGGAACAUGAAGUUAGUGGAGGACAAGUACAGAUGCCUUCAGAGAAUAAACCAGGACCCGCCUUUUAACAGAUCAGGUCCGUACUGCAGUCGCCACUGGGACGGCUGGUUGUGCUGGCAAGACACCGCCGCGGGAUCGUACGCCUCCCAAAACUGCCCGGAUUAUCUCCCAGACCAGGACCCCUCAGAAAAGGCGACCAAGUACUGUGGCGAGGACGGCCAGUGGACUCACCACCCUGAGAGGAACACUAGCGGGCCCAACUCCACACUGUGUUCUGGCAGCAAGGAGAGCAUGAUGAUGGCGGGUCUGCACUCGGGUGACUCAGAGGACUCUGAUGAGGCCGCGUUGAACCCGAUGGUCAACCCCGAGGAGAGGAAGAAGAUUCUGGACAGCCAGUACAAGUGUUUCGCGAAAAUGAACCGGGACUUGCCGUACAACAAAACCGGUUUGUUCUGCAGUCGGAACUGGGAUGGCUGGUUGUGUUGGGAAGACACUCCAGCGGGGACGUAUACCUCUCAAAACUGUCCCAACUAUUUUGUGGACUUCGACCCCACAGAGAAGGCAACCAAGUACUGUGGGGAUGACGGGCAGUGGUUUCGUCACCCGGACACCAACAGGACCUGGUCCAACUACACACUCUGUAACGAAAACACCAAGGCGAAGCUGAAGUCGGCCUACAUCCUCUUCUACAUGGCGAUCGUGGGUCACGCCUUGUCUAUUGUGUCCCUGCUGAUCUCCCUGGCCAUUUUCUUCUACUUCAGGAGUCUGAGCUGCCAAAGAAUCACGCUGCACAAGAACCUCUUCUGCUCCUACGUGCUCAACUCUGCGCUCACCAUCCUCUACCUGGUGGUGGUGGUCAAUAACCCAGAAGUGGUCAACAGAAACCCGGUUGGGUGUAAAGUGCUGCACUUCUUCCACAUGUACAUGCUGGGCUGCAAUUAUUUUUGGAUGCUGUGCGAAGGCAUCUACUUGCACACGCUCAUCGUGGUGGCAGUGUUUGCGGAGGAGCAGCAUCUGCAUUGGUACUACCUCCUGGGUUGGGGUUUUCCCCUGGUGCCGGCAUCCAUCCACGCCGUGGCAAGAAAAACCUUCUUUGACGACAACUGUUGGAUGAGUGUGGAAACCCAUCUGCUUUACGCCGUCCAUGGUCCUAUUGUGGCAGCGCUGCUCGUGAACCUCUUCUUCUUAUUGAAUAUCAUAAGAGUGCUGGUGACAAAACUGAGGGACACACACCGAGCUGAGUCCAACAUGUACAUGAAAGCCGUGCGGGCCACUCUGAUCUUGGUGCCUCUCCUUGGAAUACAGUUUGUCAUAUUUCCCUGGAGGCCGGAGAACCGGCUGGCUGGCGAGGUCUACGAGUACAUCAUGCACAUUCUCAUGCACUACCAGGGUUUACUGGUGGCCACUAUAUUCUGCUUCUUCAAUGGAGAGGUCCAGGCAGCUCUGAAGAGACAGUGGAUGCAGUACAAGACUCAGUGGGGCCAAAGACGGAAGGACCACUGCUCGAUGCGCUCCACGUCUUACACGGCCACCUCCAUCACAGAGGUGCCAGCAUUCAUGUACCAUCACGACAGCGAACACUUGAACGGGCGCCACUCAGAGGACUCGGAGCUGGUGGCACUGAAGGCGGGAGAGACGUACGCCUGAGAUGCAAAUAGCAGCGACGCCGGGAACGCUGCCACCUCGCAGCCAAUAAAUCCACCAGGCCACGGCGCGCUGGUUUAGCCCAGGAAAUUAAUACGGGUCCAGAAGCAAGUGGCUCCGCAGACCGAUUACUCUUUGUGGAAAUGGAACUUGUGGUGACAUAAUGACAAGCUUCUUCUGACAUGUGUCACUUCCUAAAUCAGCUGGAGCUACGGACAUCGGAGUCAACUGAAUGGAGAUGUCUGUCAAAGGGAAGUUGAUCCUUUCUGGUCUCGCCCAAAACCAAAUGGUACUGCAAAAGUAUGUCCCACAUGGAUGUGUCUCACACAAACACACGCCUCGUGUGCCAAGAAUCAACCCUGCCUCUGUGUGUCAAGCCCUGGAACU